UUUAAAAGAUUCAACAAUCCUUAAAAAAAUAAAAUAAAAAACCGUUCAACGGAAUCCCGCUUCAAUUCUCCGACCAGCGUUGCAUUUCCCAUUUUCCGUAUAAAUUAACGCAAACUCACUGUCCAUUCCCUCUAUACUUGAACUUCUCCUACACGAGGGUUAGGGUUUUUCUCUCUCCUUCUCUCUCUCUCGCUCUCACUUUCCUCUCUGCGAGGAGCAAAACGGCGCUGCGGUGGAGGUUUUCUCGAAGCGACAAUGAGUGAGAGCAAGAAGCAAGGAGAUCUCAAUACUGCCGAUCUGUCUUCUGCUCUGCCAUCCACCACCGCUGGUCUCAAUGCAGAAGAAAGAGCGGGCUUGGUUGAUGCUCUGAAGAGCAAACUUCAGAGCCUGGCGGAGCUACACGUAGAGGCAAUGGAGACAUUGUCUCCUAAGGUCAAGAAGCGUGUUGAGGUUCUUAGAGAUAUCCAGGCUCGUCACGGUGAGCUUGAGUCCAAGUUUCAUGAGGAAAGAGCUGCACUUGAAGCUAAAUACCAGAAGCUUUAUGAGCCUCUUUACACCAAGAGGUAUGAGAUUGUAAAUGGUAUGGCUGAGGUUGUUGCAGAUGAAUCUGCGGAAGCUACUGCUGCCGAGGAUAAAACAAAUGAAGGUAAAGGUGUUCCAGAUUUUUGGCUCACAGCAUUGAAAACCAAUGAAGUGGUCUCUGAGGAGAUCCAUGAGCGAGAUGAGGAUGCUCUGAAGCAUCUUAAAGAUAUUAGGUGCUCCAAACUUGAUGACCCGAAGGGAUUCAAGCUUGAAUUCUUCUUCAAUCCUAAUCCUUACUUCAAGAAUUCUGUGCUAAGUAAAACUUAUCAUAUGAUUGAUGACGAUGAUCCUAUUCUAGAGAAAGCCGUCGGGACUGAAAUUGAAUGGUUUCCAGGGAAGUGCUUGACUCAAAAAGUUCUGAAAAAGAAGCCAAAGAAGGGAUCGAAAAAGACAAAGCCGGUAACAAAGACUGAAGUUUGCGAGAGCUUUUUCAAUUUUUUCAGUCCUCCUAAAGUUCCUGAAGAUGAUGAUGAACUUGAUGAAGAUACUGCUGAACAGCUACAGGAUCAAAUGGAGCAGGAUUAUGACAUUGGGUCCACCAUUCGAGACAAGAUCAUUCCUCAUGCUGUCUCAUGGUUUACCGGCGAGGCCGUUAAGGAGGAGUUUGGUGGUAUUGGAGAUGAAGAGGAUAAUGAGGAUGAAGAUGAGGAUGAUGAAGAAGAAGAUGAGGAUGAUGAUGAAGAAGAUGAAGUGGAAGAAGUCAAUGCAAAGAAGAAGUCUGCAGCAGGUCGGAAGGAUGGAGAAGUUCAGCAAGUUGAUCGGCCUCCAGAAUGCAAGCAGCAGUAGGAAUCAUAUUUCAUGAAUUUGGUUGAAAUUUUUUGGUAUUAAGGUGAGAUUUUCCACGAGCGGAUCAUCCAUAUGUGCGGAUGGAUGUAUUCAGGAUGUAUUUCGGUUGUAUUUGGAGUCUAUUCACGAUGUACCCCUCUAAUCUGUACUUACGAAUGAUUGUAGUUGGAUAAGAUUUCGAGAAUGAGAAGAGGAUGCAUUGUAGAAGAUGAUGAAGUGCUUUUUUGAUAAAGA